AUGUCGACCAUCCCGAACAUAUACCUUGACUCAGGAGCACAUCUUGUCGGCAAUCCCCAAGAGCUCGAGGCGACCAACUUCCUCGGGCUCUCCAAGGACACGGUCCUCGAUUCCAACACAUGGAAGGCAAAGAAGGCCAUCGACGCCGGUGAGAGCCACCUACAUAUGACUACGACAUUGCGAUCCGCAGUCGCAAUCCUGCGGCGGUAA